AUGCCAGCCCCCACCUUCCCUCCCGAAAUCAUCGCCUCCGUCGUCAAAAACGUGGACGACCGCCCCACGCUCGAGCUCUGCGCGCUUGCAGCGUCCGUCUUCCUCGAGCCUAGUCAACGGCAGCUCUAUGGUCUGCUGAAGCUCAGAUACGACAAGGACCCACAAGAGGCCGCCCGCGGUAGUGAUCCAGAGUAUCGCACCUACGCCGCCGCCGCCGCGCACUUUGAAGCCUUCCCCCAUCUUGCCAAAUAUGUGUCCUCGAUCCACGUCGUCCUCGGCGCGAUCCGCCCUGUGGCGCUCCCGGCCGUCGGCGCGAUGUUCCUCCGUCUGCAACACGUGCGCUACUGCGAGCUCCACGGCAGCGGCCAACCCGUCGAUUGGCUCUUGGAAUGGCCCAUCGUCGUCGCCUGGCUGUCGACGCAGACGGGGCUCAAGCAUCUCGCGGUCUACAAUGUAUCCAAAAUUCCCAGAGUCGCCUUGCGCGCCAUGCUCAAUGCAGCCCUGUCGUUGGAACUGUCAUUCGGUGCAGAGGUGGGCCACCCCGAGAGGGAUGCGAAUUAUCACCCUGCACCUCCGUCCUCCAAAAGUAGUGUUCUGCGUCGCCUCAAUGUCUUGACCUGUGAAACGUUCGAGACGCUGGCCCGCAGCCGCGAGUUUGCUGGCUACUUCAAGUCCCUCACGGCUCUCACCAUGACGGCCGAUCGCGAGAACCGGCUAUGCUUCGCGGCAGCAGACAGUCUACAAGAACUCUCUCUAAGCUUUCCUCAGGCUCCUGAGUCUGCAUCCUUAUCCUCUUCCGCCUCAGACUCAACCUUGGACGCAUCAGAAUUACCGAACGACUCGGACCUUGCUACUAGCAUCCGACUGCCAGGGUCUCUUCCUUUGCUCCGGAAUCUCCGCCUCAUGAUCGACGAUUUCAGCGGGCCACAGGACGGGCCAUAUCUGCCUCUCACCCUGCUCUCCGCUCUUGUAGGAGCAGCGCCGCGUCUUGGACGAGUCACCCUCCAACUGUGCGACAUCCCCCUCUCACUCCUUGCCGAUAUCAGCAGCGCAUCUCCUGCCACAAGGUCCGGAAUAUUUACUUCGGCUGUCGGUCAGGCCCUCGAUGAACUCCUGCUACCCAUUGGUGCUGUCGUCUGGACCCCAGGCGACUUCUAUCCUGACACCUCAGAUACGGACCCGAUUAGCUCCUUCGCGUACGCGCAGCUAAUCGACAUAACCGUCGCCGGGCUGAAAAGCUCGUUGCCGAGAACGGACGCGGGAGGGAGGUUGUCGAUGGAGGCAUAG